AUGGCAUCACUUCCUCGUCUCUUCCUCAUCGCUUUCGUCUUUCUGGGUUUCAUCGCCAUUGGAACCAACGCAAGACCAGGCCUUCACUUCCACCCUUGCAAAACCCUAUUCAUUUCCUACACAAUCUCAUCCAUCAAAUCCCCACAAUCACGAAACCCUAACGACCGAAACCCCUCUCGUUUCUUCACUAUCUUCAGUGAAAUUAGGGAAUUCCAUCCGCGAAUCAUCCUCCCCUCCGUGGAGUUGAUAACUGAUGAUGGUCGCCCCGAUCUACGCCGUCCGAUUAGGCAUUUCCGUGGCGACGAUGUCGUCAAGCCUGACAUCGCUCGUCCUUCGUACCCUUUUGGGUUUUCCCAUUUUGGUUCUCUUCGUGAGCGAACCAAGGACAUUCUCAGCGUUGUGGUUGCGUUGCUCUUUGGUGUCGGCUGUGGUGCUUUGACUUCUGCUACUAUGUACUUGGCUUGGUCUCUCAUUACCAACAGGUUUGAAUUCAAUGAUUCUGAACGUGAAGGUGAAGAUGGUGAUGAUAGUGAUGGCUUCGAUGACUAUGAUGUGAAGAAGAUGGGUUACGUCAAGAUCCCUGAUGAUACAGUUGCCGUUCAGGUCAAACAAGUGAAAUUGAUGACUGCUAAUAAAUUCAACUUCGAUGGAUACAAGAAGCAUUAUUGUCCUGAAUAA